AUGACUGACCCUUUUUCCUUAGCGAGCGGCGCUGUCGGUAUCAUUUCGUUUGGGCUGACGGUCUGCCAAGGCAUUGUCACUUACUGCAGUUCGUGGAAAGAUCGUGACAAAGAAACCAGCAAUGUCGCAAAGAAGGCUGAAGGACUACGAGACACGCUUGAGGCGCUACGAGACCUCAUCGAAGGAGGAGCCUUGCAAAAUGACCCCGUACUUUCCGAUGUGAAGGAUAAGAUUCUCGCAUGUGAAGGAGGCAUGCACGAGCUCAAAAAGAAGCUGGAGACGUGCACGGGGUCUCCAGAAAAACCUCAAUACUGCAUUGCAGGUGAAAUCCGCGAUGAAGAGCGCGAACUGCUUGCGCAGCUCGAAGAACUGGUUGCUGAGUUUGAGGAGAAGUAUGACGAGCUCGGGCAGCCUUUGAUCGCAUUUCUCGAGGGAUACUGGAUGACUCGGAUGGAGGAGGUGCUGAGUCAGGAACCUGAGGAGGAUGAGAUACGGCGAGUUCGAGAGCUGGGCGUGGUUCUUGCUGAAUGA